CUCCAUCCAGGGCCCCACAGCGCGGCGCCUAGGGGAGGCUGUGCCUGGAUCCCGGGACUGGAGGCGUCGGACCCCAGCUCCCCUUCGAGCCCAGCGGGCACGGUCAGGGGCAGCGACGCUGUCUGAGUCCCCUUCCCUAGCAGGGAAAGGAACUUUGAAACUUAGUUCGGACGCCAGAUGGUCGAUGCGUCCCCGGGUCUGUGCGUCGGUCGGGGUCAGGCUGGAGCCGAGCGCGGAUUUUCGUCACUCGGAGCCCGGAUUGAACAGCGCGCGUGGGUCUCCGGGCGGUCGGGACGCAGACGCGCGGGCUCCGCGGCGCUGCGUGUUUGAUGGUGACAGUGCCUACGUGGGGAUGAGUGACGGAAAUCCAGAGCUCCUGUCAACCAGCCAGACCUAUAACAGCCAGGGUGAGAGUAAUGAAGACUAUGAGAUUCCUCCUAUAACACCUCCCAAUCUCCCUGAGCCAUCCCUCCUGCAUCUGGGGGACCACGAAGCCGGCUACCACUCGCUGUGUCACGGCCUUGCGCCCAACGGACUGCUCCCCGCCUACUCGUACCAGGCGAUGGAUCUCCCGGCCAUCAUGGUGUCCAACAUGCUGGCCCAGGAUGGCCACCUGCUGUCAGGCCAGCUGCCCACGAUCCAGGAAAUGGUCCACUCGGAGGUAGCUGCCUAUGACUCAGGCCGGCCAGGGCCCCUGCUGGGCCGCCCGGCGAUGCUGGCCAGCCACAUGAGUGCCCUCAGCCAGUCCCAGCUCAUCUCCCAGAUGGGCAUCCGGAGUAGCAUUGCCCACAGCUCCCCAUCACCCCCGGGGAGCAAGUCAGCGACCCCCUCUCCAUCCAGUUCCACACAGGAGGAGGAAUCAGAUGCCCAUUUCAAGAUCUCUGGAGAGAAGAGACCCUCAGCGGACCCAGGCAAAAAGGCCAAGAAUCCAAAGAAGAAGAAGAAGAAGGACCCCAACGAGCCACAGAAACCGGUGUCGGCCUACGCUCUCUUCUUCAGAGACACUCAGGCUGCCAUCAAGGGGCAGAAUCCCAGUGCCACCUUUGGGGAUGUGUCCAAAAUAGUGGCCUCCAUGUGGGACAGCCUGGGGGAAGAGCAGAAACAGGCGUAUAAGAGGAAGACCGAAGCUGCCAAGAAGGAUUACCUGAAAGCCUUGGCGGCCUACAGAGCUAGCCUGGUGUCCAAGAGCCCCCCAGACCAAGGCGAGGCCAAGAACGCUCAGGCCAACCCACCAGCCAAGAUGCUUCCACCCAAGCAGCCCAUGUACGCCAUGCCCAACCUGGCUUCCUUCCUGACGCCCUCCGACCUGCAGGCCUUCCGCAGCGGAGCCUCUCCUGCCAGCCUUGCCAGGACGCUGGGCUCCAAGGCCCUGCUGCCAGGCCUCAGCACAUCCCCGCCCCCACCUGCCUUCCCCCUCAGCCCCUCACUGCACCAGCAACUGCCACUGCCCCCCCACGCACAGGGCACCCUCCUCAGCCCCCCUCUCAGCAUGUCCCCAGCCCCGCAGCCUCCUGUCCUGCCUGCCCCCAUGGCACUCCAGGUGCAGCUGGCAAUGAGCCCCUCACCUCCAGGGCCACAGGACUUCCCACACAUCUCUGACUUCUCCAGUGGUUCCAGCUCCCGCUCACCUGGCCCAUCCAACCCUUCCAGCAGCGGAGACUGGGAUGGGAGCUACCCCAGUGGGGAGCGCGGCCUCGGCACCUGCAGCCUGCUCCUCAGGGAUAAAUCGCUCUACCUCACCUAAUCCCGCCUCCCCUCCCUCCCUGAGGCUCUCCGGAGGGCACUGCUCCAAACAGGAAGGGCUGACCACAGGAAAGAGGCCAUGGCAGCAGGCAGGGUGACCGGCCAGCGAGAGCAGUGACACACCUAUGCCCCAGGGCUGAGUCUCUCCCUCGACCUCCCACCAGACUCUGCAGAGGCAGCCCACCGCCCACCGCCAGCCCAAAGAACCUGCAGGAACCUUCUGCCCGCUGACCUGCUUGCUCCAGGGUAGCUGUGGAUCCCGCUCCUUGGCCUGCACACAGUCCCCUGCGUCUGGACUUCUGGCCCCAGCCCAAGCUCACCAGGCUGCCCCCUUCGAGGUUGCUUAGCAACAGACACCCACCCCUGAUGCUGGGCCAGCCACAGGUGUGCCCUCUGUGUACACAAAGAUGCUGAAACUCAUGCUGUGGGUUCCGUGUAAGUAGUUCACUGUUUUAGAGCUGUGCUGAAGACAUCUGUAAGAUUAUUUUGUGGGGAGAAAGAAAGUUUCCUUUAAGGUUAAAAAGAAUUUUAUAAGACCUUUGGCACAUUGUUUUGGGUUUUGUUUUUUUUUUUUUUAAGUUUUAUCUUAAGGGAGACAUGUGCACAAGGAACUGUCAAACUGAUUCUAAUCUGCACACGGGAGAGAGAAUGGGAACUUUUAAGCCACACCCAAGGGCAUUCCUCCUCCUCCUCCUCCUCCUCUUCUUCUUUUUCUUCUUCUUUUUCUUCUUCUUCCUCUUCUUCUUCUUCUUCUUCUUCUUCUUCUUCUUCUUCUUCUUCUUCUUCUUCUUCAUCAUCUUCUUCUUCUUUCUCCUCUUCCCCUUCUUCCUCUUCUUCCUCUUCCUCUUUUUCCCUUUCCUCCUCUUCUUUCUCAUUUUUUUUUCCUUUUUUACUGAUAUAUCCCCCUAUUUAAAAUUGCCAGCGACAAUUUUGGUUAUCUAUUUAUGAAGAAAAAUUGAGAACAGCAUUGUGGUUUCUCCUAACUUGUGUGUGUGGUUCCGGGGUUUGGGUUUGGUUUAGGCUUUGGUUCUCGUUGUCCGCAGCUGUCUCCUGGCCCCAGCAAUGUCUGUCCUGGUGCCCCAGUGCUUCGCGCAGACCUCUUUGUAAUAAAACUUCUGAAAAGUGGCAAGCAA